AUGGCAAUGUACUAUCAACAUUGUUAUGAUCCUCAAAUGAAUAGAUAUGACUCCUAUUUUAGCAAUUACAAUUCACAAUGGGAUGAGUAUUCUAAUACUUUCUAUGGUGGAAAUCAAUAUGUUGAGCCAAAUUACUACUCUCAAUCAGAAUAUAAUGCGUUCACGCCACAAUAUUCAGAUCCAUCAAUUGGAGAUCUCAUCAAUGCAAUGAAUGCCAGCAAUCUCCUACUUCAACAGAUGUCAGAGCAGGCUUAUAGCCAAGUUAUUCUUCAGAGUACAGAAGCAUCCCUCAAGAAUUUGGAGAGUACCAUGGGACAAAUUGCUACAUCAUUGAAUAAUCUUGAGGUUGAGAAUAUUGGAGAAUCACCAACAAAAUUAGAGAGUAAUCCAAUAGAUAAUGAUGUCAACAAUUCAAUUCCAGAAGCAUCUUCUCCACUAGAGAUCGAAACUUUCACGUCAGUUGGUCCAUCAUCACAGAACAUGCUACACAAACCCACUGUCAGCUCGUAUGUCCAUAUUACUCAUUUUCCGAGAAGAUUGACAAAAAUUAAGAAUGAGAAGGAAAAUAAGGCGGUCCUUAAAAUAAAUAUUUCACUCCUUAAAACCAUUAAGCAAGUACCACCAUAUGCUAAGCUUCCGAAGGAGUUGUCCACAAAUAAAAGGAAACUGAAGGGUGAUAAAAAGAUAAGUGUAGGGGAGAAUGUUUCUGUUAUUCUCCAAAGGAAAUUGCUACCCAAGUGUCAAGACCUUAGGAUGUUUAUAAAUCCAUAUACUAUCGGUAAAACCAAGUUUGAUCAUUGUAUGAUAGAUUUAGGAGCAUCUAUUAAUGUUAUAUCUUAUUCUAUUUUUGCUUCUUUAAAGCCAGGGUUAUUAAAAGAAACUUGUGUUAUUAUUCGAUUGGCUGAUCACACUAAUGUUUAUUCCCUAAGGGUAGUUGAAGAUGUUUUGGUGCACGUUCAAUUUAGGAGGCCAUUCCGACUUAUUACAAGUACAACGUUGGAUGUCAAAGUAUGGGUAAUUACAAUAGAAUUUGAUGGUGAAGUUAUACAGUUUGAUAUGUUAAAUUCUAUUGAUAAGUACAAGAGGAAGAAAGUUUUGUUAAAUGACCCAACAUAA